UGAAAAGUCCACAUUUUCCGUUUCUUCUUCCUUCUCUUUCAUUGGAAAAUGCAAAAUAAAAAAAAUAUAAAAAAAGGAAAAACAUAAACGCUGUUUGAUUUUCACUCUUUUAUCUGUCUCUAAAAAUUCAAAUUAUAUUAUAUUUCUUCCUUUUUUUUUUCUUUUAUUCUUUUACAAUCUCUAAAUGGCAUGAAAAACCCUAGCUUGUGACAGCCGCCUUUGCAAUUUCUAGUGGUGAUUGAAACUUAAUACGCGCGCAUUCUCGGGGUGGGAAAUUGUGACAAGGCUCAUGAAAUUUAUGCGUGUUUAAAGAAUAUAAUCGAAUAUAGGCUGGGCAAGGGUUUCGGAUGUUGAGCUAAAUUUGGCGUAUAAGUUUCUUGUUAUUGGGAAUGGCAGAAGAUAGCCUCCGGAUUGGUGGGCUUUCUUCUGGUUUGGCUGUUAUAUUGAAUAGUGGGGAUGGGAAGGAAAAUCCAUCGAAACCGCGCCUUGUAUCAUAUUCUGAUGAAUUUGGUCAGCAGUCUGUGGAGCGAGCUCUUGAAUAUGUAUUUGGUCUUCCCAAUAAAUCAAUUGGUCCAUUGAGCGGUCCUGUCGACAGCAGUCUAGUUCGUUCAAUCAUAAAGAACUACUUGUAUUCAGAUUCUGAUUCUCUGGUUAGUAACAGGGAUGGGGUUUGUAUUUCAGAUAAUGGCUCUGGACCUGGUGUCAUCGGUCUUGAAAAAUUCAGUAUUUGUGGUGAAAUUAGAAUUGUUAAGCCACCGUUGCUUUUAGAGAGCUUAGCGGUGUUCAGUAGUGCCAGGGCUAAUGCCUAUGUUUGGAAAGGGAAAUGGAUGUAUGAAGUAAUUUUGGAGACUUCUGGUAUACAACAACUCGGAUGGGCUACUAUUUCCUGUCCAUUCACUGACCAUAAAGGUGUAGGUGAUGCUGAUGAUUCAUAUGCAUUUGAUGGCAGAAGAGUUCGCAAAUGGAACAAGGAAGCAGAGCCAUAUGGUCAGCCUUGGGUGGCAGGUGAUGUCAUUGGAUGCUGUAUAGACUUGGCUCAUGAUGAGAUUUCAUUCUAUAGGAAUGGUGUUUCUCUUGGUGUGGCAUUCUCUGGCAUUCGGAAAAUGGGACCUGGAUUUGGAUACCAUCCUGCAGUUUCUCUUUCUCAGGGUGAACGAUGUGAAUUGAAUUUUGGUGCCCGCCCCUUUAAAUACCCUAUUGAUGGCUACCAUCCUCUUCAAGCACCUCCCCCUUCUAGCUCUUUUGUGAAGCAAUUGCUGGACUGCCUAUCCAGGUUAUUGGAUAUGCAAUCUGUCGAGCGAGCUGAGCAUUCUUCAGUUGAAAGAUUAAGGAGACUGAAGAGGUUUGUAUCACUUGAAGAAUUAUUUUAUCCAGUUUCUCAUGGGAUAUGUGAAGAAUUUUUCUCUGUAGUUGAAGCAGAUUGUCAAGGUGCCGAGUACAUUGGGUGGGGCCCCCUCUUGUUGUUCUUUAUGGGGGUAUUUGGAGUACGGGCACCACAUGAUUGGUUGAGUUUGGAUAGAGUACUUGAUGUCUUUCUAGAAUUCCAAGGGUCACAUGUUAUGUUCGAGCACAUUAUAAAUGCUCUUUCAUGUGCUUGCAAGACAGCAUCAUUGGUUCUGACAGAAUGCCCGUAUUCAGGAUCAUAUUCUUAUCUUGCAUUGGUAUGCCAUUUAUUAAGACGGGAGCAAUUGAUGGUGUUGUGGUGGAAGUCAUCAGAUUUUGGUUUCUUAUUUGAAGGCUUUCUUUCACGGAAGAGUCCAAACAGGCAGGACCUUCAGUGCAUGAUUCCUUCUGUUUGGUGGCCUGGUUCUUGUGAGGAUGUGUCCACUGAAAGUAGCAUGUUAUUGGCAACUACAGCUCUAUCAGACGCAGUUAGUAAGAUUGAGGAAAAGCAUAGGGACCUGUGUCUUUUAGUCAUACAGUUCAUACCUCCUUUAUCACCUCCCCAGUUUCCUGGUUCCGUGUUCAGGACAUUUGUGCAGAACCUUUUAUUGAAGUAUAGAGGAGCUGAUCGCAAUAUGCCACCUCCAGGGAUUUUAAGUAACUCUGUUCUUGUUUCUUUAUACACUGUUAUUCUCCAUUUUCUAUCAGAAGGGUUUGGAGUGGGGAAUAUUUGUGGGUGGUUAAAGAGCUGUGAUUCCAGUGGUCAUGACAUUGGUUUUCUUCAUAGAGGUGGCUGCCAAAGUUUCCCUAUAGGUUUGUUUCUUAAGAAUGAUCCACAUCGAGCUGAACUUUCUAGGCUUGGAGGAUCAUUCUCUCACCUAUCAAAAUCACAUCCUAUGCAUGAUCAGGAAGCUGAAGUUAUUCGGUGGGAGGAAGGCUGUAUGGAUGAUGAAGAAACAAGAGUAACUCAUUUAACCAAACAAAAACCAUGCUGUUGCUCAUGCUAUGACAUGGAGUUUACAAAGUGCUCAAAAUAUCCGAUAAGAACUACAACCAAAAGUUCCCGUCACCACUGCAGUGCUAUUCCUGAAAGAUCUGCUCAGGUUGCUGCAGAAUGUAGUACAGGAAGUUUGAAUGAGGAGAUAUCAGAUAAACCUAGCUCCAGUGAUCAGUCAGAAUCUGAGUUUGGUUAUCGUCCGGUCCAGCAUAUGAGGACAGUACCGAGAGAUAGUGAUUUGGCUUCAACAACUCUAAGAGAGGAAGAACUUCUGGAUGCUCUGCUAUUACUUUAUCACAUAGGCCUUGCACCAAACUUUAAGCAGGCGUCAUAUUACAUGUCUCAUCAGUCACAGUCAAUAUCCCUCCUGGAAGAAACUGAUAAACAAAUAAGAGAACGAGCUUGCAAAGAGCAAUUAAAGCGUUUGAAGGAGACUCGAAAUAACUAUCGUGAAGAAGUUAUUGAUUGUGUUAGACAUUGUGCAUGGUACCGUGUCUCUUUGUUUUCUCGAUGGAAGCAGAGAGGAAUGUAUGCCACAUGCAUGUGGGUUGUGCAAUUGCUAUUGGUUCUUAGCAAACUGGAUUCAGUGUUUAUAUACAUCCCUGAAUUUUACCUUGAAGCUCUGGUGGACUGCUUUCAUGUCUUGCGUAAGAGUGAUCCGCCAUUUGUACCACCUGCAAUAUUUGUCAAGCAAGGCCUUACAUCGUUUGUAACAUUUGUAAUUACCCAUUUCAACGAUCCAAGGAUAUCAAGUGCAGACUUAAGGGAUCUUCUUCUCCAGUCAAUAUCAGUCCUGGUUCAGUACAGAGAGUAUUUGGCAGCUUUUGAGAGCAAUGAAGUGGCCAAACAGAGAAUGCCAAAGGCAUUAUUGUCAGCAUUCGAUAACCGAUCUUGGAUUCCAGUUACAAAUAUUCUUUUACGUCUGUGCAAGGGUUCUGGGUUUGGUUCUUCAAAGCAUGGAGAAUCUUCAUCAUCAUCAAUUAUUUUCCAGGGACUGUUGCGUGAAGCUUGCAUCUCCGAUGAAGAGUUGUUCUCAGCUUUUCUCAAUCGUCUAUUUAACACUCUCAGCUGGACAAUGACUGAAUUCUCAGUUUCCAUUCGGGAAAUGCAAGAAAAAUACCAGGUAUUGGAGUUUCAACAGAGGAAAUGCUGUGUCAUAUUCGAUCUCUCGUGUAAUCUUGCAAGGUUGUUGGAGUUUUGUACCCAUGAGAUUCCUCAAGCAUUCCUCUCAGGGCCUGAUACAAACCUUCGAAGACUGACCGAGUUGAUUGUCUUCAUUCUGAACUAUAUAACUUCAGCAUCAGAUGUCGAGUUUUUUGACUUGUCACUUAGACGGCAUGGUCAAUCUUUGGAGAAAGUAAACCGAGGCAUGAUAUUAGCUCCUCUAGUAGGGAUCAUUGUGAAUUUGUUGGAUGCUAGCACAGAUUCCAAGUUCAAGGAACACAAUGAUAUCGUGGGUGUUUUUGCAAACAUGGAUUGCCCUGAAACUAUGCAUUAUGGCUUGCAGUACAUGUUAGAGUAUAAUUGGGCUACAUCAUUUAGGGGAGAAGCAUAUGUGCCUAAGCUUUGCCGGCUAGAGAAUUUCUUGGCCCUCCUUAUCAGCCAUACUGAUUCAAAGAAGAUCGAGGGGCUUGAAUGUGGAGAAAACAAUGCCGACGAUGGCAUGUGCUGCAUCUGUUACGCUUCGGAAGCCGAUGCACAGUUCAUACCGUGUUCCCACAGGUCUUGCUAUGUUUGCAUAACUAGACAUCUUUUAAAUUGUCAAAGAUGUUUCUUUUGCAAUGCCACUGUCUUGGAAGUAGUCAGAACCAUAGAAAACACAGUUGAAAGAUAACUAAGAAUCUUAUAUUGUUUGAGGAAAAUGGGGAAGAAAGCCAGAGAAAGUUGAAAAAAAAGUAGGUUUUUUGGUUUGUUUGUUCAUUUUAUUGCUUAUGCUUUUGUUAUUAAGGAUUUAUAUUCUUAUAUAUAUACCCUUAAAGAAGUGGCAUGUAGCUAGAAGUCGGGGGGUUGGAAAAUGAGCGUCAGCAAGCCCUUUGUUUAAUCCUCAGGCUGCAGUUUCAGUUGUACCUGGGAAAAUAAAAUUCUGGGUACACUACGCAUUUUGUAGUUUGAGGGGCAGUAGUUGUAAAUAUGAGAUGUAAAUGGCAAGGAAAAUAAGAUAAAGAAACGAGUGCUUUUUUGGCUGAUUAUUA